AUGACAAAGGUAUAUUAUCGUAUCCUGAUCUUGUUCUACACUGUCCAUUCCAGAUUUAAUUUCCUGGUGGAGCGCAAUGUUGGUCUUCAAAAAAUCCGCCUGCCAAAUCAAGGAAAUUGCAAACGCAUGCUCGAUACGAUAACCAAGAAUUGCCACCACGUGACCGAGCUAGCAUUACAAGAUGCCAUCGACGAGGAUCGACUGUUACUAGACGACGACACAUUCCGACGAUUCGCCGAACGUUUCCCGAUGUUGCGUAUGCUCGAUUUGACAUGGUGCUGUCAUAUUACAGACAAAAGCCUGGAGUAUAUAGCAAGGAAUUGUUCCGAACUCAGAUACCUGCAUAUCAGAGAAUGUCCUAUGAUUACAGACGAGGGGAUAAGGUCUAUAGCAAAACGCUGUCACUUUUUAGAUGAUCUACAUUUAGAACGACAAACUUUAGUCAACAAUGACUGCUGCUAUGCGAUACGUGAUCAUUUACACUACAUGACGUCUUUAGGGUUGAUAGACACUUGCGUUACCGAUUUGGGGAUCGAUGUCAUUACGACGAGUGCCGAAAAUCUCCGAGCGCUAAGAAUCGGAGAGAACUGUUUUCGGCCCCAAAACAUCAAAGGGGUUUGUUUAAACUCUAUCGCACAGAAAUGCAAUCGGCUUGAAAAACUUCAUGUAUUUUCAAUCAAAAUGGACGAUACGAACUUGGUACCCCUUUGUCAGAAUCUGGCCGAGCUGCGCGAACUUCAUUUGGGUGCCUGUGGACGAGUCUCUAGAACAGGCAUACAAGAGCUGACAGAAAAGUGCGGGAAAUUAACGGAGCUUCGCUUAUACGGUUGCCCGAGUUUCAGGGACUGUCAUUUGGAUAUUAUGGCGUCGAAAAUGCCGGAAUUGAGACGGCUUGAGAUUUUUGGCUGCAACAAAAUAACGGAAGACGGAGCGAGCAAAUUUGGCGAAAAACGACCAGACUGCUUUUUGAAUGUUUAG